AUGCGUGGCCAUUCUUUUCUGCCGUGUGAUAGAGCAUUUGGGAUCAUAAAAAGAAGCCUUCGUCAUAAAGAGAGGCUGUACAGUGUACAGGAAUAUAUGAAAUUAAUCGUAUCUUCGAGCAGGCAGAGUGAUUUUUUUACAGUUCACUUAGUCAGCGGAGAGCAUGUGACCGAGUUUAAAAAAUGGUGGGUUCAACAUUUCAAAAAGACUGCACUAUCCCUUGAAACAAAGGAUCGACGAAUUCCGAGAACGGAGAAAGUAAGCUUCAGUAUCUCAAAGUUCCAUCACCUCACAUUCAAAAAGAUCGGCUGUGAUGUGCCGGUAAAAACGCAGGAAUUCAUUGAUGGACUGACAAAGCAUACAUUUUUGUUGAAGAUAAGACCACAGAUUACCGUAUCGCUACCGAAUGAACCUGCAUAUGGACCAAGGCAGCUCUGCAUUAAUGCAAAGAAGAUGCAAGACCUGAAAAAAUGCGUUCAGUUUGUGCCUGAAGACGAAAAAAAUAAAUUCUGGGACGAAAUAUUGCAGUGGCCAACAGCUGAAAAUGUCGAAGAUGAAGAAUUGGAUUAA